CUUUUGUCGGGUAAGUGAAUGUUCGGGUUAGUUGAGCAACACCCUCUGCAGGAUGUGACCUCUUCUGUCAAUCCUCUCCACCGGAUUCAGUUCAAGGCCAAGCGAACUCUCAAGGGCCACCUGUCCAAAGUGUUCAGCUGUGGGUGGGCGAAGGACUCGAAGCACCUGGUGAGUGCCUCGCAAGAUGGCAAACUGAUGGUGUGGGAUGCCCACUCCACCCACAAAGUCCAUGCCAUCCCCAUGAAGAGUGCCUGGGUCAUGUCCUGCUGCUUCUCCCAGAAGACGCCCAGAUUCGUCGCCAGUGGGGGUCUGGACAACGCGUGCACAGUGUAUGCACUACAGGCGCGGAAGGACAACGUGUACACUUCGCAGGAGUUCAGUGCCCACUCAGGCUACGUCGCCUGCUGCAGAUUCAUAGACGACAACGACAUCCUCACUGCAUCCGGCGACACCACUGCCAUUCUCUGGGAUGUAUCCACGGGCAAGAUGAAGACAGUGUACCAUGGCCAUUGUGAAGGGGUGAUGUCCAUCUCAGUGGCCCCUGACAAGCGCACCUUCAUUACUGGGGCUUGUGACGCCACUGUGCGACUCUGGGACAUCAGAGACGGACUCUGCAGACAGAGCUUCGCCGGCACUGAUUUAGACGUGAACGUGGUGGUGUUCCACCCUACAAAUUUGUCGUUCGCUUGUCUCGCCGACAUGGAGGACGAGGACGAGGGAGAGGGGGGCGGGGCACAUCAGGGCGCAGACAGCUGCAUGUGUCUAUUCGACCUCAGAUCCGACAACAAAAUUGGUGAGACGCGUGCGUUCCGAUUCAGCUUCACCAGCAUGGAUUUCACGAAGAGUGGCCGACUAGCAGUCGUGGGCACCUCCGCCGACCCCUCCCUCAUCAACCCCGCCACCAACACAGGGCCCAGCAAAAUGAUAGUGUACGACGUGUUGAAGUUCGACGACAAGAAUGCGACUCGGAUAGAGAAGGCGCACGACCACACUAUUUCACACAUCAGUGUCAGCCACGACGGCAGUGCUCUCUGUACCAGCAGUCACGACACUCUCCUCAAAGUAUGGACCGCCGGGCAUCCCAGAACAGACUGA